AUGGCUGUUCAACUUCUUAAUGAGAAAGUGAAGACAGCUGUUGUUCCUGAUAUAAAUGGGGAUGCUGAUACACCUGUUGGUCAUGUCUCCUACUCGCUUUCAAGGUGCAUAACUCAUUAAACCUAAUUAAAUAAACCUUAUAACAUGUUAAAUAAAAAAUGAAUUAAUAAAUCGAUAAAUAACGAUUCACUGGUAGCACAUCCACAGAGUGGUUCUUCAUCUACCGGUCCAGAUCGAAUUGGAAUGUUGGUGGUGCAACCACGAGUACCCGGAAAAGAGGGGGGCAAGCUUAUUUUCGUUACGCCGUGGUAGAGCAUUUCUGGAGUCCGCUAAUCGUGAUGUACUGAGAAACUAUUAUGUGAGUCGCGAUUGAAGUGCACUCCGUGAAACCUGAACCGCCAAAAUCCUCCAUUAUUUCCUGACACGUACAUUGAAGAUCAAUCGAAGACAAUAAAUCGUUAAUUUGGCCAAAAGACCUUAACUAGCAUCUGGUGGCUUGAUUUAACUUCACUUUCGAGUCUUUUGAUGUAACUUCAAACUUCAGUGCGUUCAGACCCACCAAUAGCUGGCUUUCUUAGGGAUUUUAUAGUCGCGUGUAUACGCGUUUUUCAGAAGGUUCAUGAAACGCUAGUUAACUUGCUAAAAUAGAAUCGAAGCACUCUGUUUUGCAAAAUGGGACUAACGUUUAGGGAGGAGCGUUUUUGGCAUUUUGCACGACCUCUAUUUUCAUGAAACGUGAAAACGUAAACAUUUGUUUCGUGACUCGUGAAACGCAAAAUUGUUGUUCGCGAACUCGUGAUGAGACCCAAAUUUGUAAGAGUACCCACACCUCCUUGUGUAACUUUCCGGCCGCCAUAAUGGUGUCUCACGAAUGGCUAGCAACAUGGCCUCUUCCUUCUAGACUCCAAUCAAUCAAUCAGACAAUCAGUUUUUUUGUCCUAAAAAAACAAGGAUGAUAUAGUUUUUGAGAAAUUGUAAAUGCCGAGACUAGGAAUGUGUUCGAAUAACUUGAACUACAACUACUACUUGCAAAAUAAGACAAGACGUCUUUACCAUAUUAGACGCACGUAUAUGAAAUGUAAAAUGUAAAAAUAAAAUGUCUUCUAGAAGUUUUAAGAACCUCGAAAUGUAUUUCGCUCUUCGAGCCUCGUCAGUCAAUAAAAUUUUCAUGCAAGAUGCACUAAAGUAGUCUGCGUGUUCUCCAGUGUCAUGUAAGCCAAUAUGGUGUAUUCUAUUUUACGUGGUCACGUGCGACUACCGCGCGCGGAACGCGGAAAUAAUUCCAUUCGUUCUUAGAGUUCAUCAACGGGCCUUCCGGUACUUGAUCUAUCCGAACACCCUCCGAUAUCUGCCUCAACAUGGCGUCGUUGGAGUAAGAACCGGUAAGGUUCAUUUCAAAUUUAGGCAUUUCACUGUUGUGUUUGAACUACUUUUAUGCAAGUAGUUCAAGGAUGAAUAGCCUCUCUGACAUAAAUCUUGGCAAGAUUGUUUGAUCUCUGAGGUUCUUAAAGAUAUUUGUUAAAUGAUUUGGAUAUUUUUGGAUGGUAUGGCAGCCAAAAAUAAUACUAGAAAACAUAUCUGUUAAGGCACAUAUCUUUCCUUCUUGGUUUCCAUCCUUACCUACCAUGCGAAGAGCCUCAUGUAAGAGAAUCCAAGACAGUCUUGGAUUCCGCAUUCCAGGUACUGAAUUCCGGAUUCUUUGUCAGUGGAUCUUUGAUUCCAACCUUUAGUGUAAUUCCGGGUUCGUUGAGCAGUAUUCCGGGUUCCAUAGCCCAAAUGUUGGAUUCCAUAAGUACAAAAAUUUCCCAGAUUCUGGAUUUUACAAGCUAAAACAUCAUUGAUUCCAGAUUCCCUUACAUGGGGUGAGAGGACAGCGCCUGUUUAUAACCUUCUCCUCGGUGUACCCUAUGAUUUGUCACUGUAUAAAACUUCUUACCUAUUACAGCAACCCAUUUUCAAUUUUUCCGUUUUCAAUAUUGAAUGUUUAUAACUGAAUAUUUUUUCUCGUCUUGCAGCGUACACUUUAACUCUCUUUCAAUUCCUUCGUCUACGUUCAAGACAGUUGCUGGCAUUGGUCUUCAGCUCCAGAUUUCUGGCGCCUCAGCUUCUUUGAGCGGGAACUGGCACUACAGAAAGGACCACUGGUAACGCACAUUAACAACAACUUUUUAUUUCCAAAAAACCAAACUAUCAAAACCUAAUUUACAAUUCAUUUCGAUUAAAAACUAUUUUGAAGCAAAACAAAGCUAUUUUCCACCAUAAAUAUUAUUUUUUAUAAAGAGAGAAACAAUGCAUUAAGUAAGCUACAAUAAUAUCGUCGACUCCCGAUAACUCGAACCUCGUAGGGAAAUUGAAAAACGUUUGAGUUACCAGGACUGAGUUCUAGUUAUCAGGAGUUCGAAGCAAAUGAACGGAAAUAAGGAAAUAGGCAAAGGGAAGGCGGGGUCCGGUGCAAGUAUCAUGCAGACACAUUUAGGGCAGCAAGAGAUAUAGACUGAUAUUUUGAAAAAAAUUAAGCAGCAAAGCUUGAUUAAUAUGCAGGAAUGGACCCUGAAUUUGAACUGGAGUGACAUAAAGGAAUUGACGCUGCCGUUCCUUUGAUAAAUUCAAAGUUUCGGACUUCAGUGCACUGCUGUUUUUUCUUUCUGACUUGUCAUGCGCUUAAAGCAUGGUUCGAGUUAUCGAAGGUAAAAUUAUAUAGAAAUUGUCUCAAACGAAACAAAUGUUACUUCGAUUUAGCGGGAGCUUCGAGUUAUCGAGGGUAAAAUUAUACUGAAAUUGUCUCAAAGGAAACAAAAAUUACUUCAAUUAAGCGGUGGGUUCGAGUUAUCGAGGGUAUAAUUACAUAGAAAUUGUUUCAAACGAAACAAAAAUUACUUCGAUUUAGCGCGAGGUUCGAGUUUCGAGGGUAAAAUUACACUAAAUUUAUGAAGGAAAUCCAAGGGAAAUCGACUUUGGUCCGAGUUAUCGUGAGUUAACUGUUUGUUCGUGAUUAAAACUAAAAAAGGAAACAAAGUGGCGUUUCUUUGUGAGUAUUAGCGAGGCCUUUUUGAAUAUAUCUAUUAUUUUUUAUAUAUAUUAUUAUUAUUAUUAAUUGUUAUUAUUAUUAUUAUUAUUAUUAUUAUUAUUAUUAUUAGCAUAAGAGAGCGAGAAAAGGGAAAAUGAGAAAAGUUUUAGACAGCUCCUUUAUCAUAAGUGACGAAUUACUCCUUAAUUUUGGCAAGAAAUUUCAGCGUUAAUUAUAGUAAAAUUACAAAAUUGCCAUGAGAACCUGCCUUGCGUCUCAGUGCCAAGAUGGCGACGAAGUUUUAAAAUGUUAUGAAUGAAGAUGUCAGGGCAUUAAGGCGAGCUACGAAAGAACACAUCAAGAAGGAUUGUAUAAACAGGUAUUUUUUUGAGAGAGUGGAGUUCUUUUUCGUUACUACAAAUCCAGGAUAAACAUGUCAAAAAUCCACGACUGCGAACGUAAUUCGUCCUCCAUCAUGAAAUAGCUACCGUAGUGUUCCCAUAGUAGCGACCCUCGUUACUUUCGGAAUUAGCAGCCUUUGGGGCUCGCUACUUUCGGGGGCUCGUUACUUUCGAGGGCUCGUUACUUUCGGGGAACAAAAAUCGUUUACAAAUAGAGCUGGCGCGAGCUUUUUUUCCAAUGGUAUCGAUGAUUUACCGGACUACCACAUGGGGUGAAUCAGCCGAUAUAGACGAGAUCGAGUUCUUCACUGACUCAGAGGUGGGAAGCUAAACUGCUUCGAUUGUCCUGCAUGGCGCACCGCAGCGAUUUAGUCUGUACCCCCUACCGGUAUCUCAGUUUCAUUUAAUUUGAACAAACACGUUCAUGUUAAUGGACGAAAACUAUAUAGCGAGUUUUCAAUUUCAAUUUGAAGAAACGUUCCUGUUGUUAAUACGAAAUUAUGCUGGUUUACGGUAGUUCUUACAUCGCUACAUCAGUGAACUGAUUUCAAGGACGAAUGGGGGCAUAAAGCUUCCCCUUGUUGUAAAUUAAAGUGCCUUAUCGUGAACAUUUUGUGACACUGCACGAACAUAUUUUAAAAUUUUGACUAUUGAUUGACAAAUUAAAGGUAUACGGUAUACAAUUUCAAAAACUUGGUCUCGCUACUUUCUGGGGGGUCGCUACUUUCGGGAUUUACUAGCGGCCACAAAAAAUUGACGUUACUUUCGGGGGGUCGUUACUAUCGGAACUUUACGGUAAUCGAAUGGUAUACCCGAGAAAUUAGGGAAUAAUUUCACUCGUCACCAUUUGAUUACACAUGCCAUUUUUUUUCUUUUCUAGGCCCCAUAUCAGUGACAGCGGAAGCUUUGAUCUAGAUGUGAAUGGUCUGACCGUAACCUUAAAAACAAAACUGGGUGAGUUCAUUUGGUGCAAACUGGAAAUGUUAGAACUAUUAUUGUCUUUAUGGCCCCAUUUCUCCUUCUUACCCCUUCUUACAAUUGAUGAACAAAUGAACGCAGGGUAAAUGCGCUUUGGAAGUAGGCUUUGAUAGAUUGUGCGGCAUAAUUUUUGGCAUAAGUCGUCCCCUCGAGCAUAAUUUUCAACUGUUUUGCGAAAAGGCACUGCCAACGUAAUUUGUACUUUUGGCAAGGUCUAUAGCACAAAAUUGAUUGAUCAAACAGCCAUUUUUUUAGCUCUAGAUCAGUGUCACAUGCAAAUUUAAGUGACAAAAUCACAUUUUUUGUCUCCUUAUUGUCACAUUUAUGGGGCCUGUAUCCCACAGGAAGUCACCCGCAGGACUCAGCGCAUGGGCAUCUCGAUCACUCUGAGAUGGCGUCCAAUCCAAAUACUUUGCAACACAUUGAUACCCAGAGAUUCCAUUUAUAAGGAAUUAUGCGCUAGUAAAGUUACUAUUUGAUGAAUAGAGUAAAUGUUUUUGCCAUUUACCUGUAUUCAAUUUGCAUAGUUAUCAAGGCCGGAGUUUUUACCAAAUUUAAGGUAAAAAGUAGUAGCUUUUUUUUGCAUUUUUUUGAUAAAAGGAUCAUAAUUUACAACAACUAACAUAAUUAUUGCCAUAAUUUUAGAAAUAUACGAGCACUGCUUGUAAUAUACUACGCUACUUUUGCGAGCACAAUCCGUCAAGCGGAUUUGGAAGGAUUAGCAAAAGCCAGUUCGGAAUCCAUGUACGACAAUUUUGCUUCAGAACUUGCAUCAAAUUCAGAAAGGGGUUGAGACAUCCUUUGCACCUUAAGUGAACUUUAAAAUAAAUACCAGUUUUUAUUUCUCGAUUACGUCACACAGCUGAAUGAUAUAAGUAUGUGAAACAACUUAGCGAUUCACUUGUUUCAAAUGUCUUUGGUAUCCACUUUUUCAUAAUUUUUCAUCCUUUUAUUGCAUUUGUAUUAGGUGUUGAUAGCACUGGCCAUCCUAACAUUGCUGCUGCUGGCUGUUCCAGUUCAAUAGGAAGCGUUAAAAUUCACUUUCAUGGUGGUGCAAGGUGAAUGAACAAACUGAUUCCCCUUCACUGAUUUAGUAUCACGAACAUGCAGUCAGCACAACAUCUGUCAGGCAGCUGCAGAAUCUUCUAGGGAACGACUAGUCCCUUUCUGUUUCUUCUUUGUCGUUUACAUUAAUGGGUCUUUAACCAUGUCGCUGUGUAACUGCUUUCAUUGGCUGCUAUAAUAGUAUCAAAUUAAUGACAAUUUCUCGCUUUAGACACAACUCUCAGGGAUGGGAGAAAAUCCACCAAGGGUUUAGAGGAAAGAAGACCGGAAGUCUCUCGUAACAUUUCCCCAAACUCCCGCCUAUUUUAUUUUUGGUGAAAAGUUGAAAGAGGCUUCCGGUCUUCCUCCUUGUAUACCCUUGGUUAAUUGAUCUCUCUUAAAAUGGGAUGGCCGAUUUCUAAACCUUUGUCCCCGUGCGAAGGCCUUCCCUUGCUUCGAAGAACAGGAGGACCAUGGAAGGAGAGUGUGUUCUUUCAACUAGCUUGCAUCGCGGACACUUUAAACCGCUGUAUAGGCAAAUAUACCAAUGGUCAAGACGAUGUCUUCCAACCCCCGCUUUUCUCUGCUUGCAUACCCUAGUGCUGGCAACACUCUUUGUCUGGUUUGUCGUUACCUCUCGGCCUUGCGCUAGGAAAAAUGACCUGAUCUUUUUGUUUUUUGCUUGUGUCCAGUUGGCUUUACAACCUUUUUGACAAGUACGUUGGUGGUAAAAUAAAACGGACGUUACAGGAUAAGGUGAGAAGGAAUAGUACAUUUCGAUCACUUAAGAAGUGAGACAUCAUGAGACCCUAGGAAGCUUAAAGGGACUGGUUCACGAUAAUGCGCAUGUGUGAGUUCUGACAGUAGCUGAUUGUUUUUAAACCAAUCGGAAGCGAGUUAGAUGCACGCAAGUAAAUUUACAAAAUUCAAAUUCAUUGUUAGCGACGCGAGAGUAUUUCCGGGCAUUUGGUUUGAUUUUAUAUAUCCCCAUAAUUCAGGUUUAUUCUUUGCUACUCCUCAGAUAUAUGUUGCAGCCGAUAAGAAUAAGAUUUACAGCCCUGCCUGCUUUGAAACAAACAUUUACCAACGUGUAUUUUUACGAGGUCGUACCCACGCUAACAAAGCAGUCACCGAUCGGCAAACAAAAUUUGUGAACAAACAUUUUAUUACUGUUCUCUCAGUUCGCCUUAUAUAAACCCAGAAAUACCUACAAAUAGCCCCUGCCGGUGACAAAAACACACAACGUAUGAGUAUAAAGAUUAUCCUUAGUUGAGCAUAAAUUUCAAUUGCUUAUCAGCAAAUGAACAAAUUCAUUCGCGUUGCAUCGGGUCAGUGUUCCGCAAAACAAAUGUUAUCGAGUGGAACACAGAAAAAACCUCUAUUAUAAACAGAAUAUUCAGGUAAUAAAUUAUUUUAAAAAAAUCAAUUCUUAAACAUAUACGAUCGUAAAGGAAAGAUACAAGGAAAAUUUCAAGUGUACCAGAUCGGUGAACAUCGCGGGGCCUGUUGCGGUAUAACUACAGGUCGGAGUCAAAAAUCAAGUCAAAGUUGAACGAACUCAUGUCUUUAACCACUUUCCAAGUGUCGUGUAUUCUUUUCGUAAGCCACACACUACUCCUAAAACCAUACCAGAUCGAUCGGCUAAGCUUCUCUAUCUCCAAAGACUCUUGAGAACACCCUGUUGCCUUAAGCUUCCUAAUUUCUAUCCUUUCUUUCUCAGCUUUGUCAAGAAACAUCAGAUCUCAUAAACACCAAUGCUGAAAAAUCGCUUUCAACCUUUCCAGGUGGGUCUAAAUUAUGAAACACUUGAAAAACACGCUCGAACAGACACUUUGCACACGGUGAAAGUGCAUGUUAGAAGUUAAAUGACAUGACGGGAAAUCUAAUGGACCUUCUCAUAAGUCAAUUUAAGGUACUUGUCCGUUAAGCCCAAACGAGGCACCAGUUUAUGUAAAACAACACUAACGAUUUUUAGCGACCAAUACUUUCAUUAUGACAUCAAAAUUAACCAUCAAGAGUUUUUAAGUAUACACUGGCUUGGUUCCUUGACAAUUAUUGGUGCCUACUUUGUUAUGGACCUUUCAAGUUCUUAUCCAGAUUAAAAAACAAAGACAAUAAAAUUUGCUGGAGAUUGAGUGUCCCUUGCUAUUCAUUCCACUUCAUUACAUCGCAUCAAAAUUAAUAAGGAGUUGGAUGUCAGGUUUAUUCAUAAGAAUUAUUUGGGGCAUUUGAGAAGUUGUCAACCUAAAUCUGACUUUUACGAUUUGCCGUAAAAAUGAGCCUAAAUCUCCUUAAUGUUAGUGUUGCUCACAAUAAAUUGACACAAAGUGUGUCUUUAAUCAUAGAGACAACAACUGCUACAAGUUCCUUUAUCCUUUCGAAAUGAUUUUCGACAAUUAAAAAAAGGGAGCAGAAAAUAUUUUUAUAUUAGGCAUUAGGGCGGAAAGGCGCUCCUGAAGACAACAUAUCUGAAUGAAGUUGAUGUUAUUUUUCGUAGUUAAAAAGCAAAUCGACAAAUUUGCGGUUAUAAACUACUCGUUGGUUUCAAGUCCCAACUUCACUGAAUCGUAUGCCGACGUUUUCAUUAAGGUGAGUAUCAUUUGACCCGGACAUGCUAAUUUUAGGGGGCAUAUCAGACUGGACAUAUUAAAUCUAAUUUAGUAAGAUUGACUGGAUAUUCAAGGGUUUCUCUUCUUCUGAUCGUAAACAGAACAUUAAAAGAAAUAAUAUAGAUAAAAAAAUAUUAGUAAACAGGUUGCGCUCAGCUAUUCUAUUCCCCUAGAAUUCUCCCCAGUGGAGUGGUCAACUCUCCCUGUAUGUGUGCUGAAUUUUAAAGCACGACGGUAGAAAAAUGCUCGUAAAAUGCGUCAUCGCAUGACUUUCAGCAACUGUUUGUCAACUCGACAAAGUUUUCUAAGAAAAAAAAAAAAACGAACUCAUGACCUCCUUAGUGCUGAAUUUCCACAACUUAAAAAUAUUUACAUGCAUGCACGCACUAAAUUUCAGACAUAAUUACAUGAUACUAAACACAAAAUACAAGAUCCAAAAAGGAAAAAAAAAAUGUACUAUUGUGUAAUGUUCUAUGAAUUGUUUUCAAAGGGGGAGUUUUUAUCGGCCAUCAUUCCUAAAGAGGCGCCCUUUAGUCCAACGCCUCUCCCACCCGAAUCGGAAUCCGACAAGAUGGCAUAUAUUUGGUUGACAGACUACGUUGUGAACACGGCUGGGCUCGUUUAUCAAGAGGCUGGAAUUCUAAACGAAACGGUUACUCCGUCAAUGGUAAGUUGAACAAUACUAUGGUUUAACUCGGAAUCGAAAAGAAUUCUCCAUUAUGGUAGCUGCAUGUAGUUGUUAACCCUUGGAUAUAUAUUUAAGGAAAUUCGUACCCUCCCUGCUGUGCAUAGAUGGUGGGUUUGUCUCAUUAGUGUUGUAAAGUGGUAUCAGGGAAAGAUUAACUCUGAAUGCGUAACUUUUGGUAAGGUUAUCAACAUCAUGUAUAUGACGCAGUUCGAGAUCUGUGACGUCAGCAAGUUAGAGUUAACGGAAAUUGUGUUGAAACCAAAAAAAAUCAUACACUGUAACUGUUAAGAUCUUGAAUUUGUUGCAAUUAAACAUUUGCUGUUUUCGAUACUGCUGUAAAUGGUUUUUGCCUCUGGUGACGUCAUGUUUUACUGUCAACAAAUUCUGUUAAAUGUGGGGAAGAAGUAAAUAAGAAGCCACUCUCUGAUAAGACCUACAUGUAGCGGCAGUGUUGUUGGAAGUAGUUUUUAAAAUAGUGGAGAAAUUCAUUCAUUUAUUCGUGGACAAUCCCCCCUCUUGUCGUCCCGAGGGUUGGCGUUAGGCUAAGACUUUUUGGUGGCAACAUUUUUAAAAGAAUUUAAAAGGAAAAUGCAACUGCCAUCUUGAUGAUAUACACCUUUAUAUAAUGCACUGUUUUAAAAGCGUCGUAGAAGAAAGAACCGUCAGUUAAAACGAAAACCCAAGUAUUAAAUGAAAUUGUUUCCUUUUGCAGCUGCCUCCAAACUUCUCCUAUCCUUUGAAUACAAAGACGUUUAGAUUGAUCAUACCCAAGGUAAGCAUUCAUAACUUGAGAUUGAUCUCAACAUCACAGCUAUACAUAAAACGGAAAUGUCGUUUAACUUACUGCAGAUCAAAAAUUCUCACCUGUAAUUCCUAUAUAUUGUGGAGGAAAUGUUCCUGUUACAAAAGAAUUUGAUUCCCUUUGAAAGUCGAGGAAAAAGAAACUCGGUAUUUUUCGGAACGGAAAGGAUAUUAAUUUUACAUUUCCACAAAACGAUUUGUGUCCAUUUUAUUCUUCUUCACUAGCUUUAUAAGGUGUACCCAAACCGACCAAUGAAUUUGAAAGUCUAUUCCACCCAGCGUCCUACAGUAUCGUCAUCCUCGGCUGGGGUCGGCCUCAAAAUCAACGGCAAUGUGGAUGUCUACGUGCAGUUGGAAAAUGGAUCGUUUGUAUAUACCUUCACUAUGGGAGCGGUAAGAGAGUUGAGCUGUUUCGUUGCAAUAAAGAAAUCUUUUAGCUCUUACGUUGGGGAAGUCUAGUUUAAACACGUUAACGGACGAGUAUUUAACAGAUGUCUUAGUCGUCUGACAAGUGAUCAGGCGAAGUUAACUUAAUGUAGCUGCCUUUGAAUUGAUAUUCAUAAUCUGUUUCUUCUCAGAACAUUUCUACUCUGGUAAAAAUUGCUGUGAAAGGCAAUAAUGUUACAGGACAAGUGGAUUCGAUCAAGUACGUAGAAACAUUUUCCCACCCACUUAAAAAUUGUUGAAGUGUCCCAAGGAAACGUUUGAUUCUGUUAAAAAAACUCUCGAUGAACCAUUUUCCGGAAUGAAAAUGCGAGAAAUAAUCUCUAACUCACUAGUGGGGAGAGAAGUGGAGUAAAUUGUGUAGCUUGGGUUUCAACACUGGUUCUAAUAUUGGAAGCUGAGAUGAGUUAAUCUCCUUUUGGUUGGAGUAAAUUUGAACCCAGUGCUCUGUCGUCUCUAAAAGUCACUUGUUUCGGCUUUCACCUAUCUUUGCACUUAUCCUGUAGUCAUCAUGGGGGCGCCACGGACCUAGCAACCCUUUCCCUCCAUGUAAUCUUUUUUUUUUUCAGAUAAUCUUAGAGCGUGGGAAAACUUUAACCCUGGCCAGUCAUUGAUGAGGUGUUAUUCUCCCAACCCUUCUUUUGUUGACCUCUUCUUCUCACUCCUUGCACUGUUCCUUGUAAAAUUGUCGUAGCAAGCAGUGCUGAUCUUGAUACAUGCCCACUGAACCACUUCAAUUUCCAUUUCUUUACCGUGGUUAAGAUGUCAUUACAAGGCCCGAUGGCUUGCCUGAUACUGCCUCUGACUGCGUCGUUGGUGACGAGGUCUUUGUAUGAGAUGCCAAGCAGUUUCCUAAUGGCCUACAAUUUCUUCAGGAUGUCCACUGUCAAUGUCCAAGUUUCGAAGGUGUACAACAGGACUGAGACAAACCGGGAGCGCGUAAGUCUAAUCUGUGAGCUAAGAGAGACAUUCUUAUCGUUAUGAGAUGGUUUUCAGUCUCGCUAGUGUUGCUGUUGUUUGUGCAGUUCUGGACAGUAAUUCAGGCAUGGAACCUUGGUUUAUGACGACUGCGCCCAUACAUUUAAAACUGUUAACCUCGUUCAAUUUUUCGCCGUUGACCCUGAUGUCAAUGCUGAUGCCAUCUGUGUUGUUGGUCAUCAGUUUGGAUUUCUCUGCACUAAUUUCCAUGCUAAAGGCUGAAGAGGUCUUAUCCUGGUGAUCUACAAGAGCGGCAAGUUCCUUUUCUUUUCCUUUCAAGCCAUCAAUGUCAUCGGCAAAACGUAAGUUGGUGAUUGUUCUGUCACCAAUGCUGACUCUUCCUUUGUGAUUUUCUAGUGCGUCAUUCUUAAUUCUCUCAAGAAGGAUGUUGAAAACAGUGGAGUGAGAGGAGACAGCCUUGUCUGACUCCGAAUGUGCUUUUGAACCAGUCUCCUAUACUACCAUUAAGGUUGACUGCACCGGUGGCCUUGUUGUAGAGUUUCUCAAUGACUUGGAUCAGGUUGCCAUCAAUGUUAUAAAGCCUCAUGGUGACCAAAGAGCUUUAUGUCAUGCUCUAUCAAACUUCCCUUUGAAAUCAAUAAAGACGUGUUAGAGGUCUUGUUGAUGUUGGAGGUAUCACACAGUAUCCUUAAAUUUAAGAUCUGUUCUGUUGUGCUGCGUCCUGGUCUGAAGCCUGCUUGUUCUUCUGUAAUGAUUGUUUCUGGCUUGUGCUUCAGCCUGUUUAAUAGCACCUUCAGCAUGGCUUUACUUGGAUGGCCAAUCAGGCUGAUUGUACGAUAGUUCUGUGGAAAGGGUAAUGAUCAGAGACUGGGUCCAUGGUAUAGUCCAUUCUUCUGUCUGCUUUUGAAGAUUUUAUGUAAGGCGCUUAUCACGGCAUUUCCUCUUGCCUAGACCAUCUCCCUCGGGGAUAUUGUCUAAACCUACAGAUUUUCCCUUCUUAAGCGAUUUCGCAGCUGCUUCGCUCUCUUCCCGCACGAUUGGGUAGUUAUCAUUUUUAGUUACUGGUGGGACAUUCAGUUCCUCGGGGUCUGGGUUUGGCUUUCAUGUACCAAGAAAUCAGAUGAAAACUGACACUCAAGAUGCAACGGUCAAAACAUCAUUUGCGGUCGUAGAUAUUUGUUACAAAUUAGCAUUUUGUAAUAGUUGGUCUCGUAAUCAACUUCCUCCAAGAAGAAAAACAUGCGCUUCGGGAGAAUUCACCUCUCGCAGUGAAAAGGUUAAGAUGGUAACAUUAUUUUUUGUCUCUUUCAGGAUAAACGUUCACCUGGUUAAUUCAAAUAUCGGCGAUAUCUCGGUAUAGUACUAACAUUUCUUCAUAUCACACCAUCCAAAUAACUCCGAGACAUUCCUCUAAAACAGUCGCAGUACUGUUGCUUUUACCAGCAAAUGGUGAAAAUGUAGACGUAAAAUGGGUGAUGGGCAGUGUGCAUCGGUACAAAAAUGGACUAUAACUUAACAUAAACGAUAGGCAAGAUGCAUAGCGACGAGUAAACAACAAGUUUAUUCACUGGAGUAUUCUGAGUAACGACAGCUUAAUACGGGUACUCGAUACAUAACCAAAAAAAUGAAGACAAUUCUGCUAUUUAUUAACCAGUGUAUCCAGUGAACAUUGAGAUCAAAGCGGUCACCAUCAACUAAUACUUAUAAUUCUGGUUCGGUAAGCAUGUUCAUUGUUGGUGAUGCCAUGACAUUACCUCACUGAGGUAAGUGUCAGUGAACUUCACUGAAGGCAGGCCAAGUUUUGCAUCUAGCUUGUAAGAUCGCUGUUGUGUAAAGUUGUUGACUGAGUAGCUCAAUGUCUCAUUACGCAGAUCGACGUGAAGUUGCUGCAGAUUGCCUUGGAUGUGUUUGCGGACACAAUCAUCCUAAAACAGUUAAAUGGUAAAACGCCAAUAUUCCCCUCUGGUUUUGUUCAACUUUGCUCGUUAAUGGCACCGUUUGUACAUACGCCCAUUCAUGCCAAAUCACCUUCACUGCCUCGUCUUAAACGAAAACUACUUUUGAAUUCUGCUGAUAUAUUCGAGACAGUAGGGCUAAAAAAGCACAAACAUAAAAGAAAAAUAAAGCUGUCUCUAUAGCCCACGUUCGAUGUAUUAGAAUUAUGGCAUGACUCCGAGAUUUUAUGGUCAUUUUCCUAUAUUUUGUUUAAUUUUCUUUUUGCUUAAGUCUCUUCUGAGAAUUACGACACAAUGAAGUCGUAAACAAUUUGCAAUUUCGACCGUGAGGCCUCGGAGUCAUGUUAAAUUUUAAUAUAUCGAACGUGGGCUAUUGAUGAGGAAGUUCUAUGGGAACCUUAAUUUUCUGUUUUUUUUUAUGAUAUUUAUAAUCACUUUAUGAAUACUUAUUACAACCUCGUAAGAGGCAACUUGUGUCAAUAAAUCCAGAUCGAAAGACAAUAUUGUAAGGCACCUGUGGUAUCUGCACUCUUGACUACAGACCUUCUUUAGCAAAAUUGCCGAUACCUAUAUGCUUUCUCCACGCUCGCUGAGUCACAAAAAAGGGGUUGAAGAAUAUUCAACGGUUUUACUUGUGCGUGGUGUUUUUAUCUGUCAAAGAGCUUGCCCCGCCAAAUAAGAUCUUUGGUGCACUAGUUUACUUUGACUGUGUCAUUGAUACCUAACAAUCAUAUUCAUUUUUUUUCUUAGAAAUCGGUGAGAAAGGUUUUCCUUUGCCAGUUGUAGACGGUGUACAACUGGUAAACCCGGAAGUAACACGUGGACAGGUAAAGAACGUUUUUCGGUUUUGCAAAAUAGGUUACUAAGAGAUAACAUGCUUUACCUUCAUACAUGCCUUCGCAGCGAUAUUUAAUAGAACCUUGCAUGCUAUUUCUACCACCGCUACUAGCUGCUACUACGUUUAUGUUUGUUGCUUGUUCUUACGUUUGCGUCGAAUGAGUAUAGAAGGCUGAAUGAUCAAACUUCUUGCUCUCACGUGCUUAUCCAAAUGAGCAGUUAGCAACUCUCUGGGUCGGUUAUUUAAACAAAUUUUAACCAAUUAAUCAAUUUUAGUAUGUCCAACGCUUUUAUCAAACCGUUCCAUGAAAGAAUAUAGCGUAGACUGCAAAGAUUCGAAAAGAUACUUAAAAAUAACCCACUAAAGAAGAGAUAUUUCUUAAACUGCAGCUUAGGUUAGACUUCUUUUAAAUGACCGACCCUCUGUUUUCAAGUCUAAUGAAACUACAAUUUUGAUUUGUUUGAACAGAACUUCAACCUCAUAGCAACUGACUUUAAGUACGCACCAACUAAGAAGGCUGGUCUGAGGGGAAGCGAGGAAGCAAAGAAUAAUAUAGUUGUAUUUUAAAUGCAUUUUAUCACAAAAUAGUUUUGCUACAAUGAAAUGACAUCCGCAAUGGAAAUCAGUGAGCAUCAAAAAAUAGUUGUUAAGCAUGCAAAAUAGUUAAAGUUAAACUGCAUAUUUGUGCAAGGAAUUUUUACUCCUAUGAGAUGGUAUCUGUAAUUGAGGUCAAAUUUAGCUAAAUUUACCAAUUAACUAAGUACAGUAGAACCCCAAUAACUGAAACUCUGAAGGGAAACAAAAAACAGUUCGAGUUAGCAGGCGUUCGAGUUGUCGGGGUAGAUUGAAUAUUCAAUUUGCCAUCUUCAUAAUUGACAGUUAAUGUUUUUUCAGCAUUUUAUGAUAAAACGUGAUCUAUUCGUUGCACCAAUUAAAAUCAAAUUUCCGUAGUGGUAGUUUUAGCGUUUUUCUGAUUAUACAACAAGAAAACCUAAUGGAAUGGCAUCCAGGUGGAAUUACAAGAAUUUGAUCGAGGGACUGAAUUUGAUCAAGGGGAAGGGAAUUUAAUUCGAGUUAGCGAGGAGUUCGAGUUAUCCGAGUUCGAGUUAAGGUGGCUUAACACAGUUUUGGCAGUUUGAGAUUAUAUGUCAAUUGCCAAAUUAUGGCACGAGAAAAGUUGCAUCUUACAAGCAGCUGAAACUUGGCAAGUAAAAAAUAUACUGAUAAAAGAUUUUGAUUGGCAGGUAAAAGGUGCCGUUUUCGUAGUUUCCAUGGCAACAUGAACGAUUGAAUACAACCUUAAAAUUUCACUUUUGCUCAGUUUAUAUAAAAUUCGCUCAUUAGAUUUUCCUAUAAACUUGCACACAGCUUACUGUAAUUAAUCAUUACCCUUUGAAACUUGUUUGAAUAAGUUUUAACAGACGGGUUUUUAGAUAAUCAAUAAUAUUAUUGUUCUGUAAUUAGUCUUUUCAACUUCCAUUUUAAAGUUCUCAUUGUUUAAAAUACGCCAAAUAAAAAAUUUUAAUGAUUAUACUUUGAGAAUUGUCUUCUGUGUACCAUUGCUUUUUUCGCCGCCAUGUUUGUUUGUCUAAUUUAAAACACACGCCGUCACGCGAGUUACCGCUGAUCGCCCGCAAAACUGUGUUAAGCCACCUUAAACGAGUGAAAAGUGGGGGUGAAAUCCGAGAGAAAAGAGACACAGUUCGAGUUAUCCGAGGUUCUACUGUUAGUUGUAGUGUCAAAUAAUAGUCGUUUUAGAACAAAGCCUUGCUUAAAAAAUUCAGGGAAUUGUGAUUUAAUUCCAAUUAUAAGCCUUAAAAAGUAUUUACUUAUUAAGAAGACAAUCAUUGUUCGUUGUAUCAAUAGCUCCUUUUAUAACCAGGCAAAAGAUAUGAUUAAUUUUCUUUUGGAUUAGGUGACCCAAGGCUGCUCUAUACCCUAAAAACGCCGAAGUUUUUAAUGAAGUUCUAUGCUCUUGCAUACCGUUUAAAUCUACAAUCAUGCAGAAUAACAAAGCUGCAUAUUAUGUCUAUUGUUAAAAAAAUGUGAAGUAACAGAAAUAAAGAAAAUAGGAGAG